AUGGAAAUUUGUUGGAAGAUCCCUAAUUACAUAUCCUCCGGCCCGAUUUCUUCUCCUCACAUUUCUCUUGACCUAAUUUUCCUUACGGCGGCUGCGGCAAUUUUUUCACCUUCUCUGGACUGGUUUGGAUUUGACGUGGCUGGGAGAGACUUUCGGUUUUAUUUACCUUUGUUAGGGUUGGUAGGUGAAGAUGAUGGUGGUAUUGAUGUAAAAAUAUGUAGAAGAAGGAUUUGGACCGAGAAGGAUCUCCAUAAGAUUAUCUUCAACUCUAUCUUUUUCAUGUUCUUGUAUGAUAUUGGAAUUUGGAUACUAUGACAUGUUUGUUAUAACUUUAUUGUAGUGUUUGGUUUAGGGUGUUAGUUGUAGUUGUAUAUUGUUGUAGUUUGUAUUGUUGGAUGAUGAUG